CAGGCCGCUGACGGGAGGCAAACCCGUCGGACGCCCAGAGAGGAAAUGCCGCGCAGGCGCAAAAGGCGGCCGCGCGGGCGACGGGCCGCACUGCGCACGCGCGCCGCUCCGGGCCGAGGCCCUUCUCGUCUCAGGGAGGUGGAGCGCAGCCCAAUUGCUCCUCCCUCUCGCCCCGCCUUCCGCGUUGCCAUGGGGACCCAACGGCCCGAGCCGGCCCACCGCGGCGCCGCCCGGCCGGUUGCCGCUCGCGGAUCUGGGAGACCACGGAGGUUACAGAAAGUCCACCGUCAUGAGCAGGAAGCGGUCGGGUCUGGGCCGUUGCAGGCAUUUCUUUUGGCUGGGCGUCGUCUUCGACACGGUGGGGGCGGUGAUGCUGUUCGUCGGCAUCUUCGCCGAGCUGAUCUUCUACGACAUGCUGCUCUACAUGGGCGCCAUCAUCAUCUUCCUCAGCCUGCUCUGGUGGGUCUCCUGGUACACCGGCAACAUCGAACUGCUUCCCGAAGAGACCCUCGGGCUGACCUCCCAGCUGGCCUCCAGAAACAUGGUGAGCGCCCUGCAGCAGAGCGUCAGCCACCGCUUCUCCUGGUCCAUGGGGACCCUCUCCAACAGCUUUCUGCGGAUCCGGCGACAGCGGCAGCGGCGGCGCUCCUGGAGGACCCUGCAGAGGACGGCUGCCCCGGGGAUGACCGGUACCGGCCAGCUGGAGCAAGAAGCCGAAGGUGACAGGGACAGCGACCACUGCCAGGCCUUUUGCCAAGGGGCUCUGAGCAGCACGCCUGAAGAUGAGGGAAGUUCAGAGUCCUUUGGACCCCCAAGCCCUGACUCAGGUCCGCCAUGGUUUGAUCGGCAACCCUUGCCUCAUCUGGUCCCGCCCGUUCUCCCUCUGUCCACUCUGGACCAGCCUUUGCCUUCUACUGUUUCAUUCCCUAAGAGUCUGCCUGUAGUUCCCUUGGUUUCUUCCACUCAGAAUCCAGCCUUCUCUACGUGUAGGAGCCACCCUGUAAUUUCUGAGGCCUCUCGGAGCCACGUCCUAGGCCCCAUGGCCUCACAGAGCCACCUCCAGGUCCCUGUGACCUCUGAAAGCCAACCUGUGUUGCUUGCAGCCUCUCGUAGUUUCCUCCACGUCCCUGGGGCCUCUCAGACCCACUGUCUGGCUCCUAUGGACUCUCAGAGCCAUCCUCUGGCACCUGUGUACUCUCAGAGCCACACCUUGUUACCUGUGGCCUCACGGAGCCACCUCCAGGUCCCUGUGACCUCUGAAAGCCAACCUGUGUUGCUGGCAGCCUCUCAGAGCUGCCACCAUGUCACUAGGGCCUCUCAGACCCACUGUCUGGCUCCUAUGGACUCUCAGAGCCAUCCUCUGGCACCUGUGAACUCUCAGAGCCACACCAUGUCACCUGCAGCCUCACGGAGCCACCUCCAGGUCCCUGUGACCUCUAAGAGCCAGCCUCUGCCUUCUGCGGCCUCUCAGUGCCAUCUCCAGGUCCCUGUGACCUCUAAGAGCCAGCCUCUGCCUUCUGCGGCCUCUCAGUGCCAUCUCCGGGUCCCUGUGUCCUCUCAGAGCCAACCUGUGGUGCCUAUGGCCUCACAGAGGCAGCACUGGAAUUUUCCUCUGGUCUCCGGACCUCAGCCUCCACCUGUUCAGGCUUCUGGAACCCAGGCUGCGGGCACCCAGGUUCCUGUGCUGCAACGUCUGUCUGACCAGGCUUUCCAGACUGUAGGCCCAGCGGAUUCAGAGACUGGGCGGGCCCUGCUUCCGCCUCCCCAGGCCACUGAGAGCAUCUGUGCAGUGCAGGAGAUUUCUCUACGUCAGGCUGCACCUGGCCUGGAGGCACCUACGGAGCCACUUGCGCAGGCUUCUGAGACCGCCCCACCUCCAGGACAGCGCCCCGACACCGCGUCACCUGCCUCUGAGGCUGCACCUCCAGCCACUCCGGUGCAACCAUUCGUCCCCACUGAGACCACUCCAGCCUCAGAGCCCAAGAAGAAAAGUCAUUCUGUCUAGCGAGGGCCAGACAGCAGCCAUCUGAAUGGCUGUGCUGACCUCUGCCAAAACCUGAGAAAUUAGUUCAUCACAUUCUCCAGGAUAUGUACAAAACCAAGAAGAAGAAGACUCGAGUCAUUUUGCGAAUGUUACCCAUCGCAGGCACAUGCAAAGCUUUCUUGGAGGAUAUGAAAAAAUAUGCAGAAACAUUCUUGGAACCCUGGUUUAAAGCUCCAAACAAAGGGACAUUUCAAAUUGUAUACAAAUCUCGAAAUAAUAGUCAUGUAAACAGAGAAGAAGUUAUAAAAGAAUUGGCAGGAAUAGUGGGCAGCCUCAGUUCGGAAAAUAAAGUAGAUCUCACCAACCCACAGUACACAGUGGUGGUAGAAAUCAUCACAGCUGUUGCCUGAGUGUUGUGAAAGAUUACAUGUUAUUCAGAAAGUACAACCUCCAGGAGGUGGGGAAGAGUCCUAAGGACCCAUCACAACUUCACCCAAAGCAAGGAAAUGGGAAAGAAGCAAAGUUGGAAUCUGAUGACAAAUUAAGUCAGA